UGAAACUCUCUAAGCAUGACGACGACGACGACGAAAUACGAUCUGGUCACUUUUUGCACGGGAUCUAAGAUGGCGCAGAACGGGAGAAACGACGAAGCCAAGCGCCGCCUGGUGGUCGUCAUAGGAGCCGGCAGCAGCGGCCUCCCGUCCAUCAAGUCUUGUCUGGAAGAGGGCCUGGACGUGGUCUGCUUCGAGCGAACCGAGGGCCUGGGCGGCCUGUGGCGCUACCGCGAGGUGCCGCUAGAGGGCGUGGGCAGCGUGGCUCGCAACACGGUCCUCAACAGCUCCAAAGAGUUCUCGGCGUACAGCGACUUCCCGCCGGGUCCGGAGGCGCCCAACUACCUCCACCAUGCCGGGAUGCUCGAGUACCUCCGUCUCUACAGCGAGAAGUUUCGCCUGGAGCCCCACAUUCGCUACAACCACCUCGUCACGUCGAUCCGGGAGACGGACGACUGCCGCUGGACAGUCCGCGGCACGGACACGGUGUCCGGGACACCGUUCGAGGCGACCGCGGACGCCGUGAUGGUGUGCAGCGGCCACCACGCCGUCCCCAAGCUGCCCAGCUUCCCGGGACUGGACGAGUUCGCCGGUCGCGUCAUCCACGCCCACGACUAUCGGAGGGCGUCGGCCUUCGAAGACCGCAGGGUUCUCGUUGUGGGACUGGGAAACUCCGGCGGGGACAUCGCGGCCGAACUCAGCUACGUCGCCGCGCAGGUGUACGUGAGCACCCGACGGGGCACGUGGGUGGCUCCCCGGCUGGGUCCGCACGGCCAGCCGAUGGACCUGACGCUGUGCACCCGGGCGCUGAACACGGCCCGCAGCCUGCUGCCGUUCGACCUGACCGCAAGGGCGUACGAGCACAGGCUAAACAGGCACUUCGACCACAAGCUCUACCAGCUUCAGCCGAGCCACAGGGCGCUGGACCAGCAGCCCUUCGUCAACGACGUCCUGCCGGCUAGGAUACUCACGGGAACCAUUCAGAUCCGGGGCAACGUGUCCCGAUUCAGCAAAGAUUCGGUCGAGUUCGAGGACGGCUCCCGGGUCGCGGUGGACGACGUCAUUCUGGCCACGGGCUACGUCAAGAAGUACGCCUUCCUGCCGGAGGACGUGGCCGCCUGCAUCACCGAGGGCCGCGUCGAGCUCUUCAAGUUCAUCUUCCCCGCGGGCAGGCACCGGCCGCCCGCUAUGGCCUUUAUAGGACUCGUGGACCCCAUCGGGAGCUUCUGGCCCGUGGCCGAGAUGCAGGCCCGCUACGUGUCCAGAGUCCUCAGCGGGAAGCUAGACCUGCCGGACGCGCAAAGGCAGGCCAAGGAAGCGGCCAAGAGGGCGUCCGUCCUUGCCGUCGACAGCGACCGCUACGCCACGCAGGUCCACUGGAUCGCCUACAUGGACGAAUUGGCCAGCCUAAUCGGAGUCAAGCCCAACCUGAGCCUGAUGGCCCUCAAGGACCCAGCCCUGUUCAGGCGCUGCUUCGCCGGGCCCUGCCUGUCCUACCAGUUCAGACUGGAGGGACCGCACGCGUGGGCUGGAGCGCGCGACGCCAUCUUGGGUUCCCCGGCUCGCGUCGCGUCGCCCCUGACGCCGCAGACGGCCCCGGAAGACUCCAUGGUGCGCAGGGUGGCCACUGGAGCCUUGGACGUGGUCGCCAGCUGCGGCAUCAUGAUCGCGCUGUCGUACGCUAUCUCGCUCGCCAUUUGAUGGAUACGAUGUCCUCCGCGACAACCAAGGCGCUUAUUCACGUCGUGGGCUGCCCUCGAGGAUUAGAGGGCGGUUGUAACACGGUACAAGGAAAAGGGACGCGGCACCUUGGAUUCCUUCCUCGGCUCAAACAUGCUCGCUAACCUGCAUUAAACCUUCACAUUUCCGGCUGAUAAACGACGAUAAAAACCAUAGUUGUAUUCA